AUGGUGACUGCAAACUUGAACGAGCUGUCCUAUUCGAAACUGGUGACGCUAAAUGCAGAAAUGGAACAGCUCAUACAAGUUUACAACGAGAGCCUUGUUGAUGAGCUAGCGCACAGGGAUGAGCUGGAGUACGAGAAGGAAAUGAAGAACACAUUCAUCUCGUUGCUUUUAUCUAUUCAAAACAAGCGGCGUCAGUUCGCAAAUGAGCGGAAGAGGAAAGGAGUGAGUCUGACAGUUCGUGCAUCACAUAAUUACAUAGUCGCGGACGCAGCAGAUAGCCUUGCAAUUACUAGUUGGUUGCCCGCUGAUAAAUGGUGCAACGACGACGCGCCGCAGCAUCUGCCGCGUUGCGUCCGUUUCCUGCGUCAAUGA